AUGACCAGCCCCUUCCACCGUCGCCCUGUGCCCGACUACCUAAUCUCAUCGCCCCUGGCCGCCCUGCUCUACCCUCUGCACCAGUUGCUUCUCCAUCUUCGCGGCCCUCCCCGUCUGCCCCCGCCUGAUGCUCAGCCCAUUCGUGUGGUCUGCAUCUCCGACACCCACACCCUCGAAUGGCCCGAUGUGCCUGACGGUGACCUGCUCAUCCACGCUGGUGACCUCUGCAAUGAUGGCUCGGUGCGUGAAAUCCAGGCGGCGGUCGACUGGCUCAAAACACUGCCACAUCCCCACAAAGUGGUGAUCUGCGGCAACCAUGACAGCUUCUUUGAUGCGCGUUCCCGUUGCGAGGAGGACCGCGACGAGGAGGAUGCAUCCUUCGCUGCCAUCUCAUCCACCGCCUCGAUUCGGUCCCUGGACGACUUGACUUCUGCUUCCCGCAUCGACUGGGGCGAUAUCCAUUACCUCCAACAUUCGUCCGUCACUCUCUCGUUCCCGCCUGCCUCCUCGACAUCCUCCACCACUGCUCUGAUGAGCGCCCAGCCGCGCUCCCUGACUAUCUAUGGCGCACCCCAAAUCCCAGCUAUUGUUCCCUUUGGUCCGGAACAUGCCUUUACAUAUCCUCCACACAACGAUGCGUGGUCGCGAACGGUGCCUCCCGAGACCGACAUCCUCAUCACUCACACCCCGCCCCAGUCGCAUCUAGACCUGUCUCCCAUCUACUCCACCGGCUGUCCGAAUCUCCUCGCCGAGUCCUGGCGUAUUCGCCCUGCGUUACAUGUCUUCGGACAUGUCCACGAAUCAGCCGGCCGCGAACCCGUGUUCUGGGAUGACGCCCAGCGCGCAUGGGAACGACUGUGUGCCAACCGCAGACCCCGCGCGCAAUUUGGCCGCUUUACCUCGCUAGCUGGGUUCUUGCGCGAUUUAUUUGAUCUCCCGGGCUGGGUCGACGCGGCCCGGGUGGUGGUCUACGGCGUGCUCGGGGUGAUCUGGUCGCAGGUCUGGGGCGGCGAGAGCCGUGGCGGUGGAUGGAUGGUGAAUGCGGCCUGCAUGUAUCGGGACAGCGGGCGUCUACGGAAUCCGCCGCAGGUGAUUGAGCUAUGA